AGCAAAGAAAUGUACGAGUAGAUAGCAUUUCAUAUAGGAAACCAUGUGCAAAAGUACUUCUUGAAAAAAAAUUUACCGGUAAAACAACGCUGUAUACCGUUCUUUAUUCAAGUGCAUUAUCUCCGGUAACUAACGCACGCGCCUAUCAUAAGCGUGCAUCUAGUAUUCAAAUCAUCAGCGCCAAAUUUGAUGCGAUCAGUCACAAUAUGACGGUAAAUAUGUUUGCACCCUUGACAAAAAGGAUCGUAUUUCGACAACUUGCUCAUAUACGGCAUUAUGGAUCCGCUUCCAGCACAGAUUCAUGCGGAACGUUCGAUUUAGUAGUCGUCGGAGGUGGCAUAGUUGGGUGCGCCACUGCUCGAGAAAUGUUAAUAAGACACCCUAAACUAAAGGUGGCGAUCGUUGAGAAGGAGAAAAAUUUAGCCAUGCACCAGACAGGACACAACAGUGGCGUAGUCCAUGCUGGAAUUUAUUAUAAACCCGGCAGUAUGAAAGCGAAACUAUGUGUGGAAGGUUUCCAGUUAUGCUAUGACUAUUUUUGCAAACAUAAUAUACCACAUAAGAAAAUUGGAAAACUCAUAGUAGCUACGAAUCCAGAACAAGUUAAACAAUUGCAAGAACUGUACGAUAGGGGAACACAAAAUAAUGUGCCGGAUCUUCAGAUGGUCGAAAAAGAUUGUAUAUCAAAAUAUGAACCUAAAUGUCAAGGAGAAAAGGCACUGUGGUCACCAUGGACAGGUAUAGUGGAUUGGGCAGUGGUUUGCAAACACUUUGCCGAAGAAUUUCAAAAGAUGGGCGGUAAAAUAUUUUUUAACUACGAAGUAACCGGCUUCGCUGAAAUGUCGGAAUCGAAAGGACAAGAACAACUAUCACCAAUAUCGGUACAAUCAAAGGACAGAUGCAUACCAGCGAAAUACGUAUUAACGUGUGCCGGUUUGCAUUCAGAUCGUCUAGCAGUUAUGACAGGAUGCGAUCUCAGUCCACGAAUCGUUCCGUUUCGUGGAGAAUACUUAUUACUAAGCGAAGAUAAAAAGCAUUUAUGUACUACAAAUAUAUACCCUGUUCCAGAUUCUAGAUUUCCGUUUUUAGGGGUUCACUUUACACCUAGAAUGAACAACGAUAUAUGGCUGGGUCCGAACGCCGUUUUAGCAUUUGCCAGAGAGGGUUAUCGGUAUAUACGAAUUAAUAAGCUGUCUUGUGCACUCAUAUACAUACUUGAUAAUGUAAUAAUCGAAUUAUUGUACUUUCUUAGAUGGCGUGAUAUAAACAUACGAGAUUGUAUAGAAAUGGCGAAAUUUCCAGGACUGUACAAGCUUUGCUUUCGAUAUUUGAUACCAGGUUGUAAGGAAGUAAUUAAAUCAAUUUUCUAUCCCCUCGUCGUGAGAGAUUUGAGAAAAUUCAUCCCCGAGCUAUCUUACAAAGAUAUAAAAAGAGGACCAGCGGGUGUAAGAGCGCAGGCACUAGACAACGAUGGUAAAUUAGUGGACGAUUUUGUUUUCGACGUGGGAAAAGGUACUAUAGGUAGCAGAGUGAUUCACGUCCGUAACGCGCCUUCGCCUGCCGCAACUAGCUCCAUGGCAAUUGCUAAAUUCAUUGCCAAUAAAUUGGAUACCGAUUUUAAAUUUUGAAAGAUCCAAAAUUAUCAUUACACAUUCACUGUAUACGACAGCGAAGCAGUUGUGAAUUUUGUACAG